GUUUAGGAUUGAACAGAAAAAUUGAGGCAGGCAUAUGAACGAGCCAACCCCACUCGCGACUCGCGAAUCGCGAUUCGGCACAGCUCAUCUCUCAUCACUUACCUCUCAUCGAUUUCCUUUCUCCAUUUUCCCUCCUUUCUCUUUCUUUUAUCAAUUUUAGAAACCACUCCCCACCCCUUCCAGAAGAAAAAAUAAACACACAUUUGACCUAUCAAAUUUAAGUUCAAGAAAAAAAAUUUGACCCAAAUUCACAGUUAGGCGUUCGAUUCGAUUCUUCAGCUGCAAAAUUUCAUGAAUGGUUGAACUAUGGCCCCACUCCGCUCCUGUGCAAUUGUUGAUCCGGGGUGGGAGCAUGGUGUUGCUCAAGAUGAGAGGAAGAAGAAGGUCAAAUGCAACUAUUGUGGAAAGGUAGUUAGUGGUGGGAUAUAUAGGUUAAAGCAACAUUUAGCUCGAGUCUCUGGUGAGGUUACUUACUGUGAUAAGGCUCCAGAAGAAGUCUACCUUAGAAUGAAAGCAAAUUUGGAGGGAAGUCGUUCCAGUAAAAGAGCAAAACAUUCUCAAGAUGAUGGACAGUCUUACUUUAAUUACCAAUAUGAUGAUGAAGAGGAGCAUCCUGGCUUCAAAAGCAAAGGGAAACAAUUGAUAGGUGAUGGGAGUUUGGUGGUAAAUUUGACACCGGUGCGCUCACUAGGAUAUGUUGAUCCCGGUUGGGAACACGGUGUUGCUCAGGAUGAGAGGAAGAAAAAGGUCAAGUGUAAUUAUUGUGAUAAAGUAGUUAGUGGAGGUAUUAACCGAUUUAAACAACAUCUAGCUAGAAUUCCUGGAGAAGUAGCACCUUGUAAAAAUGCUCCUGAGGAGGUAUACCUUAAAAUAAAAGAAAACAUGAAAUGGCACCGUACGGGCAGGAGACCGAGACAACCUGAUACCAAGCCCAUUUCUACUUUCUAUAAGCAGUCUGAUAACGAAGAUGAAGAGGAUGAGCCAGAACAAGAUGCUCUUUUUCAUAAGAGCAAGGAAAGAAUGGUAAUUGGGGACAAAAGAUUGGGCAAGGACUUGAGAAUAACUUACAAGGGGAUGUCUUCCAGCAAUGCUUCUGAAUCAUUAUGUAAGAAGUCAAGAUUGGAUUCCGUUUUCCUAAAUACACCAAAUAGUCUGAUCCCAUCUUCUUGCAAACAAUUAAAGGUGAAAACUAGGUCCUGCAGAAAAUCUCGCAAGGAGGUAAUUUCUGCAAUUUGCAAAUUCUUUUACCAUGCGGGAGUUCCCUUGCAAGCAGCAAACUCUCUGUACUUCCAUAAGAUGCUGGAAUUGGUUGCUCAAUACGGACAGGGUUUGGUUGGUCCUCGGAGCCAGGUGAUAUCUGGUCGCUUCCUACAGGAGGAAAUUGCAACUAUUAAAAACUACCUAUUCGAGUAUAAGGCAUCCUGGGCUGUCACUGGUUGUUCUAUAUUGGCUGAUAGUUGGGUAGAUGUUGAGGAUAGGACAUUGAUCAAUCUUUUAGUUUCUUGCCCCCAUGGUGUAUACUUUGUUGCUUCAGUUGAUGCCAGUAAUAUGCUAGAAGAUGCUUCUAGUCUGUUUAAGCUAUUGGAUAAAGUGGUGGAAGAGAUGGGCGAGGAAAAUGUAGUGCAGGUAAUCACUGAGAAUACUCCCAGCUAUAAAGCUGCUGGAAAGAUGCUUCAGGAGAAGAGAAGCAAUUUAUUCUGGACACCAUGUGCCACCUAUUGUCUUGAUCAAAUCCUUGAAGACUUUCUUAAGAUCAAGUGUGUAGGAGAGUGCAUAGGGAAGGGCCAAAAGAUUACAAAGCUCAUUUACAAUUGUACCUGGGUGCUAAAUUUUAUGAAAGAAUUUACCCAGGGGCAGGAACUUCUGAGGCCAGCUGCUACUCGAUGUGCCUCUAGCUUUGCAACUUUGCAAAGUUUGCUGGACCAUAGGACUAGCCUAAAAAGAUUGUUUCAAUCAAGUAAAUGGACUUCCUCUAGGUUCUCCAAGUCAGAUGAGGGAAAAGAGGUAGAAAAGAUUGUAGCAAAUGCUACAUUUUGGAAGAAGGUGCAAUAUGUUAGCAAAUCAGUAGAUCCAGUCAUGCAAGUGCUUCAAAAGGUUUAUACUGGUGAAAAUUCAUCAAUGCCCUACAUGUAUAAUGACAUGUGUCGGGUUAAGCUUGCAAUUAAAUCCAUUCAUGGAGAUGACGCACGCAAGUAUGGACCAUUCUGGAGUGUGCUGGAGAAUCACUGGAGCUCAUGGUUGCACCACCCUUUAUACAUGGCUGCUUACUUCUUGAAUCCAUCAUACAGAUAUCGUUCUGAUUUUCUAGCACAUUCAGAGGUGAUGCGAGGACUAAAUGAAUGCAUCCAUCGGCUGGAGCCAGACAACAUGAGAAAGAUUUCUGCAUCCAAGCAGAUUUCUGAUUAUAAUUCUGCAAAAGGCGAUUUUGGAACUGAUUUGGCGGUCAACACAAGAACAGAGCUCGACCCAGCUGCAUGGUGGCAACAGCAUGGAAUAAGCUGCUUAGAGCUGCAGCGAAUAGCUGUGCGGGUACUGAGUCAGACAUGUUCCUCCUUUGGUUGUGAACAUUCUUGGAGCAUAUAUGAUCAGAUCCAUGGCCAGAGGCAGAAUCGAUUUGCCCAGAAAAAGUUAGAUGACCUUGUGUUUGUUCAUUACAACCUGAGACUUAGAGAAUGCCAAUUAAAGAAAAGGAGGGGCAUUGAUGGCAGCUCCAUGUCACUGGAUGGUUUGCUACCAGAACGCUUGCUAAAUGACUGGAUUGUGGAAGCAGAAAAGCAUUCCUUUCAAGAAGAUGAGGAAAUCCAUUACAGUGAAAACGGAGGAACGUAUGAAGGCAGAUGUGAAGAUGAUUUGAUCGAUUACGAUGAUGCAAUUCUGGAGCCUCAAAAGGGAAGUCUUGAGCUGGUGACGAUGGCAGAUGUGGAACAGUUGGAUGUUAAUCCUGCUAAUGGCGGUGGUACCACUGAGGAUGAUGACGACGAAGAGGAAGAUGAUCACAACUUUUUUGAUGAUAAUUUGAGUGACUAAAUAUUAGGUCUAUAGGACUGAAUUUUUACGUGAAAAGAAGAAGUUACUAUACCACACUAUACUGAAUAUUUGAUAGUCAAAAUUUACUGUAAAAUUGGUAGUCCUCCUUUUUUUGUCUUGUGAAUCUAUUUUGGGGAAUUGCUGUGA